AUGCACGGCGCCGGCACGGCCGUACUCUCCUGCCUCACCCUUGCCUCCGCCAUCAGCCCGACCCUUCUACUGCACGUCGGCGCACCACUGCGCGUGGCGUUCGGCUCUUGCCGGAAGCAGCUCAAGCCUCAGCCUGUGUGGGACGCCGUCGCCGCGCAGUCGCCGGCGCUGUGGCUGUGGCUGGGCGAUGCCAUGUACCCGAAAGGGUCGGUGACAUCUGCCGCGCAGCUGCGUGAGGCGUACGCGCAGGCGGGCGAGCCGGCGCUGCGCGGCGUGCCGGUCGACGGCGUAUACGACGAUCACGACUACGGGCUGAACGACGGCGGCGUUGGCUGGGAGCUGAAGGAGGACGCGCGGCAGCUCUUCCUCGACGAGGUUGUCGGCGCGCCCGCCGACUCGGCGCGGCGCACCCAGAGAGGAGGCCUCUACGGCAGCCGCACGCUCGGCGAGCCGCCCCGGCAGCUCAAG